AUGGCCCUGGUGGCGCCGGCUCUUCAGGCUAUCCACGGGCAGACGCCGACCCGAAUCAGGAGCUCGCUGACCUGGUCCCCAUCGAGGUCUUCAUCCUCGCCUCCUUGGUCUUCACCUUCGCUGCUGCUGGGUGCCGCAGCUGUGCCUGCAGCAGCAGAGGUGCUGCGGAGAAGGAAGGCAAAGAUUGGAUGUGUGUGGCAUAGUCGCUGCAAGCGCCUAAGUCAGCCGCAGCACCCACGCCGUUCGGUCAGAGCGUUCUGCGCCAGCUCUCCACUUGACACGUUCGACGAGCUGGACACGAAUGGUGACGGGUUCCUUUCACGCGAAGAAUAUCUCGCUGGUCAGAGAAACCAGCAGAAGAACAGACAGGCAAUGCGGUCGUCAGCGGUUACGUCCGUGGGCCUGGUAUUAGAGCAAAAGCUGGAAGCCUUCAAAGGCUAUUUGAUUUUCUCAGAGGAAACAGGGCCGCUGCCGUACCGAGUGACAGAGAGCUUUUUCGUUGCUUUGGGCACAUUGUGCUUCGUGACACGAGUGGUCUCGCCUGGCAUUGCAGGUGAUUUCUUCUUGCAGGAGGUUGAAGACUUUGUCAAUGUAUCCUUUUUUGUCAAGUUCCUGCUCCUCUUUUGGAUCAACGAGUUCAAAAUCUCCUGGCUCUUCACUGGGAAGGGUGCGCUAGAUAUGGCAAGCAGCUUGCCAGUGCUUUGCAUUCCGGCGAGGCUGAUAGGCGGGCCCGCGCUGGAGAGGACCACCGAUUUGCUGCAAAUCGGCAGGUUCCUCCGCUUGCUGCGUGUGGCGCUUCCUUCAGACAGGGAUGCAGGUCCUGGCGGCCUCGUGAUCAGGACAGUUCCCGUGAGUCAGCAGAUCAUUGCAGUCUUGCUGUCCUUGCUGGGCACUGUGGUUGUUUCGGCAACUGUCCUGUAUGCUUUCGAAAACCCAGACACAAAUAUGGAGGCGGCCGAGCGUACGUUCGAGGAUGCGCUGAUCUACAUGGUUAACAUCUUCGCGGGCCGCGAUCCACCAUGGUACCCCUUGAACCCACAGGCAAAAAUUGCCUCUGUGGUGGCAACAACAUCAGGCAUCAUUUUCAUUCCCUUCCUUGUGGCAAGAUCGGUGGAGCUUUUCAUGAAGAGCGACACUGACGCAAAUGCAAGCACCAUGAACUCGGUCUUAGCUGCCAGAGGCAGUGAUGUCAGCAGCUGGGCAGAAGUCCUGGAGAACCUUGAUGCCGUCGAGCAAGAGGGCUACCUAGAAAAGGAGGAGAUGAGGCAACUCCGGAGGCUGUGCCUGGAGAGGGAUGACCGCCUCGGCAUUUUACAUACCUGCUAUGCAAAGCGGCCCGCAAAGGACAAGAGAAACCUGAAGCUGUAUGCGUCGCGCUUGCAAGAGCUGCUGGAGUUGGCUUAA